AUGGCAAAGACCACUCUGUUGGCAAGAACUGUAGACCCAUCAGCCUAUUUCGCGCCACCGCCAAAAUCAUGGAAAGAAUCCUCAUGCCUCGCAUCGAGACCGAUUCCGACAGAGCACGUUUACCGCAAGCACCACUCAAGCGAAACAGCCCUUCACCACAAUGUCGCCGACAUCACGCGCGGUUUCAACCAGAAGAAACCUGCCGACAGAACUAUCCUGGUUGCGCUUGAUCUCCUUGCUGCCUUUGAUACGGUGGAUCCCAGUUGCCUCGCCGAGCGAGUUCUGUUCAACCCAGCGCCGAACAUCUCGCAGAAACCAGCAAGCUCUGGGAACAACGACAACUCCAAACUGAUUGCUGCCAAACUUGACGAAGGAGAUAUCAAGGGAGCUGUCAGGUUGGCAGCCAGCGACGAUACUUUCUUGCCACCGACUCUUGAGAACAAAACACUGCUCGGUGCGAAACACCCUCCUGCACCCGCAGACGAAGCUACACCCCCAUCUAAUGACUGUGUUCAACUUCAACUAGGAGCUGGUGUUAAACACGGGAGUGAGGUGGCGGCCCAUGUAGCGCGCGAUUUCAUUGAAUGCGCAGAACGUGAUCAAGCCUUUGUCAAAAUUGACUUUGCCAACGCCUUCAACAGUGUAAGACGUGAUGUCAUUUUGAAAGCCAUCAAUGAACACGUCCCGGAGAUCCUUAGCUUUGUGAAACUCUGCUACAAAGAAAGCAGUUUCUUGAUAUAUGGUGCCUUCACCAUCAAAUCAACAGAAGGGUUUCAGCAAGGCGAUCCCUUGGCUACCUUUGGCUUUUGUCUUGUCCUACAUCCUGCUUUGCAGAACCUCUUGAGCAAGCUGAAAACUGGAUACCUGGAUGACGUUGCUUUUGCGGAUGAAUGGCGCACCACUCUCCAUGAUCUUCUGAGUAUCAAACAAGCAUCUGGUCUGCGUCUAGGAGCCCCAGUAACCGCACAACACACGUGCAAAUGUGGCUAUGUCGCAGCAACAGAUGGAAGACACGCACUUGUCUACCCGAAGAUCAAGCACAGGUUCAUCAGACACUCCAAUGGCAACAUGAUCCUUAAAGAUUCUAUAAAAUCACUCGGCAUCAGUUCCACACUAGAACCUAUCGGGCUGCUACGCAAAGAUGGACGCAGACCAGAUGGACACACACUAAUGCCAUGGCAGCGAGGACGGAUCUUGGCAUGGGAUUUCACAUGUAUAAGUCGUUUGGCAAACUCUAAUCUGCGAAUGGGAGUUCUUCCGGGUGCAAAUGCAGCUUCCGAGGCCGAAGUCCGCAAAAGAAACCACUAUUCAGACCUACCUUCCACUAAAAUGGACGCGCUUUUGCCGUAUGAAUAUGAAAUCAUCGAGCAGGCGCUCUCGGAAGAUUCACUGAAUAUUGUUGCACGAGGGCUGUGCAUUGAAAGGAUCUUCUCUCACCUUUUGAAAGCUUUCUGUGUGCGAACAAAUCUAGUUAUUGUAGUAAAUGCUACUAAAGAAGACACUGCUUGCUUUCAAGAGCAUUUGUCUGAUGCUGAUGCAUUACCAAGAUCUCUAACGACUGAGACGACCAGUUCGGUGACUGAAAGAGUUAAAAUUUACAAAACCGGAGGAGUGCUCUUCGUCACUUCGAGAAUCUUGAUAUUGGAUUUUCUAACGAACAGAAUUCCAGUUGAAUUUCUAACCGCAUUGUUCAUAUACCGCGCAGAGCGUCUUCUUCUGUCGCAUCAGGAGGCCUUCAUCACUCGCUUGUACCGCCAGAAGAACAGUUCAGGAAGAAUAUGUGCUUUCAGUGAAGUGCCAACCGCAUUUAUGGGUACCCACAGUAAGGCUGAACGUGUAAUGCGUAUGUGCAACCUGAAAAGACUUAACAUCUGGCCCCGUUUCCGGAGCUCAAUUGCUAAGUGUUUUGACUCGUUGGCUCCGGAAGUGCUGGAGAACCAAACAAAGCUGACUCAAACUAUGCUGAAGAUUCAGGGGAACAUUCUUGAACUUAUCAAGGCCUGUUGUAGUGAGAUUAAAAGAGAAAACCCUUCAUUAGGGGACGAAGAGUUUUCAGUAGACAGUGUUUUGUCGUAUGAUUUCGAAAGACAAGUGCGAACCAUGUUAGAUCCAGUCAGUUUUUCUGUGAGUAGAAAGUCGAAGCAGCUCUUGACUGAUCUGAAAACAUUGCGAAACAUUUUGAUAAAUCUUCUGCAAAGAGACUGCGUGUCCUUUUACCAUUUCAUAAACGAAAUUCGAAAGAAUGAAGAGGUCUUCGCAAGCAACACUGGCUGGCUUUUCAUGAAAGAGGCGGAUAGUUUAUUUACUAAUGCAAAGCUAAGAGUGUUCGGUUCUGAUGCCGAUAAAGAAAAGCGAAAAACGCUGGAAGAAAAUCCGAAGUGGAGAGCUCUAAAGGAAAUCAUGAAAGAGAUUGACAUGGAAAACGAAAAAUUGCCAGAGGAUCAGAAAUCAAAGGGACGAAUAUUUGUAGGCGUCAGAGACAACAAAACGAGCGAAAUGCUACGCCAGUAUUUGUACAAAGGGACUCAGUUUUUGGAAUAUAAACUGAAACAGGCUGAAGAAACAGACGAUACGCCUACUGCUUCUAGUCAGGAAAACAAGGAUGAUUCCUCAAAGAAUGAGCUGUCUGCCAAAAACCCGAAGAAAGCCAAAAUUCAGACACUGGACAAACAAAGACUUAUGUCUGAUUUUGUUGCAGAUCAGAAGAAAAUAGAGGAGGACAUUUUGCAAAUAAUAUCGGACGAAGCAUUAGUGCAGUGCAACGAAGAACCAAUCACCGUGUUCCACUCAUAUAGAUCCUCACACGAUUUGAUUAGGAACCUCUACCGUCUGUGUCCGCGCUAUGUAAUCCUGUACGAUCCUCAAGUUGAUUUUGUCAGGCAAAUCGAAGUGUACGCUGCAAGUAUUCAGAAACCGAUCAAAGUCUAUUUCAUGGUCUACAAAGACUCCGUUGAAGAGCAGAGUUUCCUCAUUUCCUUGCAGAAAGAGAAGCUAGCUUUCGACAAACUAAUGCAAGAAAAGGCCUCGAUGGGUGCAGUAGACAUGGAUUCGCAUAAACGGGGAACGGUGUCAACUAGGGACCCGUAUGAAUCAGUGAGCACACGGAAAGCAGGAGGAGCUACUGAAGCAGAGACAGGAGUAGACGAGAACCCACGAGUCAUCGUGGAUAUGCGCGAGUUCAGGAGUGAUCUGCCUCCCAUGUUACACCAGAGGGGUAUAGACAUUGAGCCAGUGACCUUGGAAGUGGGCGACUAUCUGCUGAGUGAUGACUUGUGCGUUGAACGGAAGAGCAUUGCUGACUUGAUUGGUUCUCUCAAUUCUGGAAGACUCUAUACUCAGGCGACAGCCAUGUGCAGAUUGUACAAGAAGCCAAUUCUGCUGAUUGAGUUUGACCCCUCGAAACCGUUCAACAUGUCAGAGAAAGGAAAAAUCUCGCAGGACGUUUCAUCUAACGACAUCCAAACCAGACUGGCUCUUUUAACUGUUCACUUCCCUGCUUUAAAAAUUAUCUGGUCGGAAGGGGCUCUGCAAACUGCCAAUAUUUUCGCCGAUUUGAAACACAAAAGACCGCAACCUGAUGUAUCGAAACUACCUGGAAUCGAAUCUGCAGAAUCGUCAAUAUUUGACGUUUCAUUUGACCAAAAUUUCAAUUUUGCGUCUCGUGAUUUGAUUAAUAAAUUGCCUGGAUUGACCAGCAAAAGCGAAACUCUGAUUUUUGAGAAUUUUGAACAUUUUCAAGACCUAGCCAAUUGCAGUCAGGAGGAAAUCAAAGAAAAAACUACGCGCAGUGAUGUAGCUGGCAAUAUUUUUGAGUUUAUGAAUCACAGCCAUAAAUCUGCUAUUAUGGCAUCGAAAAAUAAAAAUGAUCACAGAAAAGCCCCAACACGGUUCAGGCCUACGAAGAAAUAAUUUUGACAUCUGAAUUGAUCUGAUUGAAUUUGAAAUUUGCUUUUUUGUAAAUAUUUAGAUAUAAUUUAUCAAACACAUCUAUC